CACUGCAUCUUAGUAUCUUUAGUCUUUUGACCUGGCCGCAACGUGGGAGAUAGAAAGACAGGAAACACACUUGAUGCAGCAUGUCAUUCCUACCGGAUAUAUUCCAUUCAUUACCAAAUAGCUUGCGAUAGCAGCCAAGGUCUUGACGUAUACUCCUCUACUGCGAGUCCGCAUCCGUCGCCAUGCCUUGGUCGGAGUGGGAUAACAAAACAAAAACUUGUAAUGUCUAUUACGUCGUCUCUUCAUCAACUGAUAUAUAAGAGCAUCUUCGUUCAUGUGACGGAAUUGUGUUGUCACGACCCAUUGAUAACGCCCCAUUAUUGGAAUCUAUAUCAUUUUCCUGUGCACCACACAAUCUCUAAACUCUUUUAUCACCUAUCAACAUUUUUAUAAUCAUCAUCCAAUAUGAACAAGACAAAGGACGCAAUCCGUGAUUUCAUAGGCAAGAGCGGCCAGCAUGACACCACGGUGCAUGAGUCGGUCUCGCCAGCCAUCAAGAAGGAGACCGUGAAGCAGACGGAGCACGAGGACGUCAACACGGCCAUCAACAAGGAGAUCCACCAGGAUCACUACCACCGCACAAUCCAACCUGUGCACGACAAGGAGGUCCUCCCAGAGCAGCACGAGCACCGCGUGGGCGCUGUCCAGCAUCGGGACCAUGAUCAUCGAGACCACGAAGCCACCAAGCGGGCCUUGGCAAAGGAGAAUGAGCAGUUCAAAGACGAGCGGGUGAUUGAGGGUAAAACCCACACACAAAGCCAUGGGGCUGCGGUUGAGGGCGAGCAUAUUCAUCACCACGUCCACGAAACCGUGCAACCCGUGAUUCACAAGGAGACCAUCCAGCCCAACGUCGUGCACACGACCGUCCCCAUCCACGAGACGCACCACAACCCCGCCCAGCACCACUCGACCUCCGCCCUGCCCGCCAUGAGCAUGCACGAGUUCGAGCAGCAGGGCAGCGCCAUAGGCGGCAGCAAAGAGCGCUUCGACGCCUUCGAAGGCGAGCCCAAGACCAUCCGCGGCAGCCUCCAGAACCUCGCUGACAACAAGAAUCAAGGGCUCAAGAACCCCCCCGAGGGCGUCUUCCACGGCGACUACGACCCGUUGGAUGGCGGGAGCGGGCAUCACCAGCACCAGUCGAGCGGUGGCGUGGGGGGCGCGCACACUCAUGGCAAUGGCAGCAAGUCCGGCAGCGGCGGCAUCAGCGACAAGAUCGUGGGCACGGCGUCGGGCGGCUCCGGCGCGAAUGCGCAGCGGGAGCAGCGGCUAGCGGGUCAGCAGACGCAGACGCAGACGCAGCAGUUUGGCAGCAGCAGCAGCGGCGGUGGGGGGCUGCGAGAUACUACGGCGUCGAACACCCGUCAUGAUGCUGGCUAUGGGGAGUCGACAGCGUCGAAGCAGAAGAGCAACCCGAGCUUGCUGGAUAAGCUGAACCCGAUGGUCGACUCGAAUGGUGAUGGGAAGUCGGGGUUUAUGAAAUGA